AUGGAUAAAAGAAAGGGGGAGAAGAAAUACAGCUGUGACGAGUGUGGGAAAGAUUUUACUAAGAAGGAUUCACUAAAAACCCACCAACUCAUCCACACUGGAGAGAGACCGUUCAGCUGUGACAAGUGUGGAAAGUCUUUUACCCACUCUGGAAGCUUAAAAACACACCAAUUCCUCCACAGUGGCGUUAAACCAUACAGCUGUGAUGAGUGUGGAAAGGAUUUUAGCCAACAUGGACACCUAAAAACACACCAGCUCAUCCAUAGUGGAGUUAAAGUGUACAUCUGUGAUCAGUGUGGGAAGUGUUUUUCUCGGAAGGAUAGCUUGGAAUAUCAUAAACGCAUCCACAGUGGAGUUAAACCAUACAGCUGUGACGAGUGUGGAAAGAGUUUUUCCUGGAAGGGUAGUCUAAAAAAACACCAACUCGUCCACAGUGGAGUUAAAGUGUACAGCUGUGACGAGUGUGGGAAGGAUUUUCUUAGGAAGGCUUCACUACAAAACCAUCAGGUCAUCCACACUGGAGAGAGACCGUUCAGCUGUGACUUGUGUGGACAGACUUUUUCCUGGAAGGAUGCUCUAAAAAAACACCAAGUCAUCCACAGUGGAGUUAAAGCAUACAGCUGUGAUCAGUGUGGCAGAGCUUUUACUCAGCGUAAGAGCUUACAGACCGGCUAG